AUGGGAAAACACAAUUCAGGGCGUCUGGCUGCAAUACUCUUAUCUGUAGUCGGCUUUGCAAUAAGUUUGGUGUUCAACGGGCUGUCUGUAGUUGGAAUUGGUCCAUAUUCUACCACUACAGCCAACGUGUCUGCUGUGUUCGACACCCAGCUCACGCCUUCAGGAUGGACCUUUAACAUCUGGAGCGUCAUCUACGUCUGGCUGACGUCGAUGAUCAUCUACAUUGUCACGGGCCUUUGCAGAAAGAACGGAUAUGGAUACGUUUACUGCAGCCCUGCGGUGUUGCCUUAUGGAUUCUUCAUUAGCUGGUGUGUCAAUCUGUGUUUCAACAUUGGUUGGCUGCUUGUUUGGGACAGAGGACAGAUGAUUCCUGCGCUGGUUUUUCUCAUCCUGGUCAUCUGCACAAACUACUCCAUGGUGUUCUUCAUCUGCCAUGGACUUCAUGUUUAUGGACCGUGGCUCAAAAAGUACCACAACGCAGAACUGUGGUGUAUUCGUAUUUUGGUUCAGAAUGGUGUGAUGAUCUACACCACAUGGACGACCAUCGCAACACUUAUCAACCUGACCAUUGUACUUACUUAUAAUGUAAAGAUGCUCCCAGCAGAUGCUGCUACCGUCUCAUACUCUGUUUUAUCUGCUUUGUUGCUUGUGUGGUUUGCUUUGGAAAACUUUGUCCUUGACAAGCAUGUGCGGCACAUCCUCGUAGUCUACCCUGUUGUGAUCUGGGCGCUGACUGGAAACCUGGACAAAAAUUUUGAUGCUCAGUCACCCGGUCGCAUUGGAAUCUUCAUCGCUGCGCUGCUGACUUUAAGCUCUGUGCUCUUUGUCAUCCGGCUUAUUUUGGUGGUUUGGAGACACGUCAAACAGCCGCUCUACGAAGAUGUCAGUCCUGAAGCCAUGGAGCCCAAGGAGAUUGCUGAGAAGCAGAAAAACAUAUUUCGCUAA